AUGUCGUCAACCGCAACACCGGAGCACGAUGAUGUGAUGCAUACAUUCGCAUCACUGAACACAUUAAUGUGGACCGCAGAAGAAGAGAAGAAGCUCGUCCGAAAAAUUGACCUCUUUCUGAUGCCAACGAUAUGGCUGAUGUAUCUUCUGUCAUACAUGGAUCGUACCAAUAUCGGCAACGCUAAGGUGGCAGGCAUGUCCGACGAUCUGCACCUUUCUAGCAAUCAGUACAGUACUGCAUUGGUAGUGUUCUUCGUCGGCUACGUCGUCUUCGAAGCGCCCAGUAACAUGCUCUUGGUCAGAAUGAGGCCCUCGGUGUAUCUUCCCACUAUCAUGUCGAUCUGGGGUGUUCUCACGUGUUGCAUGGCUGCUAUCAAGUCUUAUCACCAGCUAGUAGUCCUUCGACUGCUUGUCGGUGUAUUUGAAGCCGGCUUUGCACCAGGAAUCCUGCUCAUGAUAUCGUCUUGGUAUCCUCGGAACCAGCAGUCUGCCCGCUUCUCGAUUUAUAUCUCAGCUGCGAUUUUAUCAGGUGCCUUCGGUGGUCUUUUGGCGGGAGCCAUCACAGGUGGAUUGGAAGGUGCACAUGGCAUUCGAGGCUGGAGGUGGCUGUUCAUCGUGGAAGGAGUGGCCACAGUUGGUUGGGCCGCUUGCGCUAGCUUCAUCCUUCUGGACUUUCCGGCAACGACAAGGAGCCUUACUGACAGGGAACGGAUGAUAACCCUGGCCAGGCUCCAGCGAUCUGACGUCAAAGUGCUAACCGAGGACAAGCCAAAGGUAGGAAAGCGACAGAGCUUUUUCGUUGCAUGGCGAGAUCGGAGAGUAUGGGGCUUCGUGGCAGGAUACAUGGUCAUUGUCGGAAGCUCCACUCUGUCGUACUUCUAUCCAACCCUGGUCAAGGGACUGGGCUACACUGAUAGUGUCGAAGCACAGUACAUGACAGUCCCGAUAUAUGUGGUGGCAUUCGUUUGCACUGCUUUCUCCGGAUUGUUUUGUGAUAGGAUUCCAGAAUGGCGCGGUUUGGUCAUCGCAGGCUGGCUCUCGUUAUCGUUGGUGACAGCGAUUGUGGUCUGCGUUGUGUAUGAUUUUACAACCCGCUAUGCCAUGCUUGUAAUCAUGGCCGCAGGGCUGUGGGCGUCUAAUGCGCUCGCACUGUCUUUCGCAUCAUCGACCUUUGGCUCCAUGGACGCUGAAGUCAGAGCCAUUGCCUUGGCCACAGUCAAUGCCUUUGGCAACCUGGCUCAAAUAUACGGAAGCUGGUUAUUCCCUUCAGACGAUGCGCCCAAGUAUCUGUUGGGAUUCGGCGUCAUCUCGGGGAUGCUCGGUGUCGGCGUUCUGACAUACGUGCUCCUACACAUUCUGUUGAGCCGUCGUAAUACGGGAAUGCCAUCCUGA